GUUAUGUGAUAAAUUGAUAAACGGUCCUAUGUAUUUUAUAUUUAUUACUUUUAGGAUAAAACAACAAAGUAUUUAACAAUAUCAGUAGCAGCAUUUAUCUGUUAUUGUAACACACUGUGGGGAUCAUUUGUAUUUGAUGAUAGUGAGGCCAUUGUAAAGAACAAAGAUGUAAUGCCAUUCACACCUUUAAGAGAAUUGUUUAAAAAUGAUUUUUGGGGAACAGAUAUAAGUCUAAACAGUAGCCACAAGUCUUACAGGCCUUUAACGAUAUUGUCUUAUAGAUGGAAUGUUCUAUAUUCAAAUAAUAAACUUGAUUCAUUUCAGUUUCAUGCCACUAAUGUGAUAUUAUAUGGAUUAUUAUGUAUAUUAACUGUUCCUGUUUAUGAAUUGUUUCUUAGGAAGUCUAAGUAUAACAGUGAUAUGCUUGAUACUGCUUACUAUGCAAGUCUAUUAUUUACUGUCCAUCCUGUUCACACAGAACCUGUAGCUGGCUUAGUUGGAAGAGCUGAUGUACUAAGUUCUGUGUUAUUUUUUGUUGUGAUAUUAUUGUAUCAAAAAUUUAGAACCGCUAAGGGCGAAUCAGUUGUUAUGUGGUACACCAUAAAAGUUAUUGUAAUAGGUUGUGCUGUAUUAUGCAAAGAAACGGCAAUUUCUGUAGUGGGUCUGCUAAUUGUAUAUGAUAUAUAUCAAGAAAAAAAGAAAAAAACGUCAUGGUGGGAAUUGUUAAAUUUCUGGCCUUUUGUUAGGUAUAUGACAAUUCUUUUGCCAGGAAUUGUAAUUAUGUAUUAUCGUUUUAAGAUAAUGAAUUUUGAAGGUCCUAUAUUUACCAGUAUAGACAAUCCAGCAGCGUAUUCAUCUAGUUUAUUUACUAGAAUAUUUACAUAUAACUAUCUUUAUAUUUUAAAUUUUCUGUUAUUAUUGUGGCCAGAAUGGUUAUGUUUUGAUUGGUCCAUGGGUUGUGUCCCGUUAAUAGAAACCAUUAGUGAUGCUCGCAUAAUUUUUGUAAUUCUGUUUUGGGGAGUAGGAAUAUACUCGAUGUUUGUUCUACUUAAGAAUAAUUAUGAAAAUGAAACUCUAGAUGCUCGAAUUAUGGGAGUUACUUUAAUUAUUCUGCCAUUUUUACCAGCGUCAAAUCUUAUCUUUACUGUAGGUUUUGUGAUAGCUGAACGUACUCUAUUAUUACCAAGUACUGGGUUUUGUCUUUUGGUUGCAAUAGGUUUGAAAAAAUUGGAGAGGUGCAGUGAAAGAAAAAACACUUGUAUGAUGUUAUAUUAUGGAUUAUUGUUUAUAUUUGCUAUUCGAACGAUUCAAAGAAACUUGAAUUGGUUAACUGAGGAAAAAUUAUUUUCAUCUGCUUUAGAAGUUUGCCCGUUAAAUGCAAAAGUACAUUAUAAUGUGGCAAAGAUAGCAGCAGAUAAAGACAAUAAACUUCUAGCUUUAAAUGAAUAUAAUAAAGCUAUUGAAUUAAAUCCAAAUUAUGAACAGGCUAUGAAUAAUUUAGCCAACUUAUUGAGAGAAGAAAAAAAAUUUAAAGAAGCAGAGGUCCUUUUAAGGAGAGCAUUAAGUAUAAGGCCAAACUUUGCUGCAGCUUGGAUGAAUCUAGGUAUAGUUUUAACAAACUUAAAUGAAUCGGAGGAAGCAGAACACUGUUACAAGAUGGCCAUAAUGCACCGAAAUAAAUAUCCUGAUUGUUAUUACAACUUAGGAAACUUGUACUUGGAUUUAAAAAGGCAUGAGGAAGCUUUAAAGGCAUGGGAGAUGGCAGUGUUGUAUCGCCCAACACAUGUAGCAGCAUGGAGCAACACAUUAGUUUUAUUGGACAGUAUGAAGAAAUAUGACGAUGUCCUUGAAUUGGGUAGAACUGCUCUUAUGCAUAACCCUAAAUCACCGGCAUUACAUUUCAGCUUGGCAAAUACUCUGGGGAAGUUGCAACAGUUUGAAAAGGCAGAAGGCCAUUUUCUAGAAGCUAUUAAUUUCAGUCCCCAAAAUGCACUUUACUACUCAAAUUUAGGUGUACUAUACCAUCGAUGGGGUAAAAAUGAUAAAGCCAAAGAAAUGUACAGAAAGGCUCUCCAAAUCGAUCCAGAUAUGAAAUCUACUGAACUGAAUCUCAAAAGACUUUCAAUUGCUCAAUAACCCCUUUUCAAAAUUAAAAGAAGGCAAUAAAACAUUUUUAAUUUAUUUAUUUAUUGUGAUUCUAUACAAAUAUAUUUAUUGACAAUUUUGUGGUCAUUUCUUUUACAAUGACUAGGUGCGAAUAACUUGAGUUGCAUAACUAGUUUUUUUAAUGUAGCUAUUAAUUUCAUAAUACUCAAGUGUUAAUAUUCACGGUUCACUUAUGAUCAUUUUGAUACGCAAGAUAUUUUCAAAAUGGUGAUAAUUUCGUAAUUAAUAAGUAUUAAAAAAUGAAACUGAACCAUUAUUUUUAUUUAACGAUUCCAAAAUGUCAAACCGAUAAGGUAAGUAUUUUCAAUAAUCAUAAAUGACCUCUAAACAUAUAUUAAACAAUUAAAUCUCACUAAAAACAAUAAUAAAUUAUCACACAAGGUGUACAUAAAUAAAAUUCAAUAAAUAAUAAAUUAAUAUCACAAUUAUCGAUGUUGCUAGUAAAACAAUACAAUUUAGGCCUGUUCUACGUUUUAACAGAAAAACUUAAAAUAAAUUCAAGAUCUCUUCAGAUCUAUUGUCAAAUGUCAAAAGCUUUAUAAAAAAAUAUUUUUGCUUAUUGACAUAAGUAAUUGAAUUCCAUUAAAUCACUGAUUUAUUUGAAUAUAGUUUCUUAUUUGGACAUGCAAUGUAACUCAAAUCAAAAUUCCCUGAUUUGAAGUUCUAGAAUUAUAAAUAAUGGACUGGGGAAUAAGUAAUCUCCGUUUUUUUCAAAUUUAAAAAUUCACAUGAAAAUUAAACGCAUUGUUAAAUUGACAUGUUAUUCGGAAGAGGAAUUAUUGCUCUAUAAAGAUUGUGUUUUUGGUUGUUUCAUUAGAUUUAUUGUCCAGACGGUAUCUGUUUCAAAAAGCCAUAGUUGGGUGAAUCGUAUAUCCACGGAGAUUUUUGGCUGUUUAGC